UGCAGCGAGUUUCUCGCCAUGGGGAGAGGGAGCCUCCUCCUCGCGGCCUUCGUCUUCCUCCUCUCCACCACGGCACUAAUGGCGGCCGCGGCCGUCGUCAAGCACACCUUUCUUGUGAGUACGGUGAAGAUGAAGCACUUGUGCAAGGAGACACAGGUCACCGUGGUGAAUGGGCAGCUCCCAGGGCCGGUGAUCGAUGUAACCGAAGGGGAUACGGUGGCGGUCCAUGUGGUCAAUAAGUCACCUAACAACAUAACGAUCCAUUGGCAUGGAGUGAGGCAGUGGCUAAACUGUUGGGCUGAUGGGGUGCCGAUGAUCACCCAGCGCCCCAUCCUGCCGAAGCACAACUUCACCUACCGGUUCAACGUCUCUGGGCAGGAAGGCACUCUGUGGUGGCACGCUCACGUCUCCUGCCUACGAGCAACCCUCCACGGAGCCUUGAUCAUCCGGCCGAGACAUGGGGCUGGCUCGUAUCCGUUUCCUAAGCCUCACAAGGAGAUACCCAUCAUCAUAGGGGACUGGUGGCAGAAGGAUCUCCGAAAAGUGGCCUGGAACAUGGCGCAUGAUUCUUUUGGUGAUUUCCCCAGCGCAUCCACAAUCAAUGGCAAGCUUGGAGAUCUCUUCAAUUGCUCCGGCACCCCGGAAGAUGGCUACGAGCUGCACAUGGAGCCCGGCAAGACCUACCUUCUACGAAUAAUCAACGCCGGGCUCUUCUUCGAGUUCUACCUCAAGAUCGCCGGGCACAAGUUCAAGGUGGUUGCUUCGGACGCCAACUAUGUCAGCCCCUUCACCACGGAUGUCAUCGCCAUCGCGCCCGGCGAGACGAUGGACGCCUUGGUGGUCGCCGACGCACCCCCCGGCAGGUACUACAUGGUCGCCGUUCCCACCCAGCCGCCAUUGCCAGAUCCCCAGGUCGAGGCGCACGCCACGAGGGCGAUCUUGCAGUACAGCAACACCCGUAGUCCUGGCAGUGGUGCCGCCGCAGCAGGAGGAGAUCAAUCCUGCGAGGAAGACGACGAUGACGUGCUAGUGGCGCCUCAGAUGCCUGAUGAGCAUGACACAUUAAGAUCGUUCUACUUCCAUGGCAACCUGAUCGGCCUGCCCCACCGUCGGCCGUUGCCGGUUCCGUUGCAGGCCGACGAGCGCAUGCUCAUCACGCUUGGCCUGGGCAGCGUCUGCCGGCGAGGCCAGUCCUGCACGACGGGCGUCCAUGGCAAGGGCAUGCUCGUAGCGUCCAUGAACAACAUCUCCUUCGAGCCGCCCAUGAUGAAGACGACGCCGCUGCUGGAAGCGCACUAUUUCCACACCGGCGACAUCGACGCGAUGCCGGAGUUUCCCGACUGGCCGCCAAGGUUGUUCAACUUCACCGACCGAGGACUGACCCCAUGGGGACCCAAGGAGAUGGAGGUAGAGAGGGCGUCCAAGGCGACGGCGGUACGGCGGUUCCGGCAUGGCGCCGUAGUCGAGGUAGUGUUCCAAAACACGGCGAUACUGCAGAGUGACUCGAACCCAAUGCACCUACACGGGCAUGACAUGGUCGUGCUCGCACAAGGGCACGGCAACUACAAUGCAACCAAGGACGUGGCGAGCUACAACCUGGUGAAUCCGCCAUGGAAGAACACCGUGGUCGUCCCAAACCUUGGGUGGGUGGCCGUCCGAUUUGUCGCCAACAAUCCAGGGGUAUGGUUCGUACAUUGCCACUUCGAGUUUCAUUUAACAAUGGGCAUGGCGACUGUGUUCAUUGUAGAGAACGGGUCAACAGUUGAGACAUCCCUUCCUCCACCGCCCAAGAAUUUUCCAACUCGUGCUGCUGAAGAUAAUCUCGUUCCAGACGAAUUCUAUAUCAAAACUAAGAAAACUGAAGCCUCAUAUAAAUAGGGUCCAAAAGAAGUAUAAUACUUUUCUAUUAGACGAUAAUGAGAUUUAAUUCAUCCAUGUUGAAUCUCGACAAGAACCCUCCUGUAAGUUGACUCUCUUCCACAUUACUCAACUAGUUGAAUCACAUCCUUUCACAUUUUGUUUCGACCUGUAUAUGUUGUGAUUUUAUUUUAGAGUAUGGAUCUUGAGUCCUUAAGGCCCUCAUGUAAAUAUCUGAAUAUAUCCAAUGGACCAUACAAGUACGCGCUCACCAUAUCUAUCAACACAUGACAAGAUAGUAUGUUUCAUGAUAAUCAA